AUGGAUCCAGAUCAAUCAUUCGAAGAACCAACAUCGACUCCACUUCAGCUCGCUGCAGAACAAGGACAUCUGCAAGAAGUUCAACGGCUCCUAUUUGAAUCUGCAGAACAGCCCAAUGAAGAGCCCCGCGGAUAUUAUGGAAAGACAGCUCUUCAAGCUGCGUCAGCAAACGGCCACUUGGAAGUCGUCGAGGUAUUGAUCAAUGCAGGAGCGGACACAAAUGCCAAAGGAGGCAACAAUGGCGGCAAGACUGCUCUGGUCUUGGCUUCAGGAGCAGGCCACAUCUCCAUUGUCAAAAAGUUAGUCUCAUCUGGAGCAAGCAUCAACACCUCACCCUACAGAUACUACGGCAGAACCGCCCUCCAAGCCGCUGCCGAAGGAGGUCACGAGGAUCUCGUGCUGUGGUUGCUUGGUCAAGGCGCCGAUGUUAAUGCACCCCCAGCCAAGGUCGACGGUCGGACGGCCCUUCAAGCUGCUGCAUUUAGUGGAAAUGCCAGGAUCGUGCAGAUAUUGCUCGAGCGCAACGCGAGGGUCAACGAGCGUCCAGUGCGCUACAAGGGGCUCACAGCCCUACAGGCUGCGGCUUUUCAGGGACACUGUAAAGUUGUGGAGCAAUUGAUCCAAGCAGGUGCCGAUGUCAAUGCGGAUGGGGCGGGGUUGAAUGGUUAUACAGCCUUGUCCGCCGCCGCUGAAGGUGGCCAUCUGGAGAUUGUGCAAACCUUGCUUGAUGCUGGUGCGAAUGUCUCGGCUUUGUCUGGGAAUCAGAAAAGAACUGCGAUGCAGAUUGCGUUGGCGCGAGGUCACGCGGAGAUUGGACGCAUUUGCAACGGUUAUCUUCAUUCACAGAUGCGAAUGAAAACCUGGAAUUUAAGGUCUCAUUUGGAAGCACAAGUGGUCAGCGAGACGCAGUAA